UUUAAGUAGAAUUUGGGCUCCUUCUGACUUGGAAUCUGGCCUCUGCCAAUGUGUUCCAAAUUGAUCAACACCAGUGAGAACACUCUGAGAGUUCCAGAAGAGAAGCCUCUGGUUCUCUUUAUUGGACUGCUUUCCCAUGAGGGUGUGGUGGCUGUGGCAGUGAAGAGAGCCCUGCAGGUCUUUGCUGAAAUGUCACCUCCUCAGGAAAACUUCUUAGAUUAACUCAGCUCAAAUUGUUACCCGGCUCCAUCACCACACAUGCUAAGCACUGUAUUUAUCUCCAGAGCACCUCUGACCAUCUGGCUUACUCUGGCUUAUCCAAUAAUCAUGUAUGCCAUCUGUUUCCUUAUAAUGUAAUGUAAAUCCCACGUGGGCAGGGAUGGUCUGUUUCACUUGCCCUGUAAUCUUACUGCCUAGAGCCAAACCUGUGAGAUGGAAGACCCACAACAAACACCUGUUGAUGACUGAGCAGCGGCCCGUUCCGGCCUUCAUCAGCUCUGUCCUGGGUAUCUGUGUAGCAUCCCAGCUGGAGUGGCAGCGUCAGGUCUCCGCGCUCCAAGGCUCCUUCACCCCUUUCCAGACCCUCAUGCACAGCACUACCAGCCUCAUCUCCUGGGGUGCUGCGUUGGCUCUGCCACUGUCCUCCUAGAAACUCUCACGGCUCCUGGUGCUCUCCCGGGUCUGGUGCCGAUGUCACUUUGCUGUCCCCUGUGACCUACCUUCACCUUUCUGCCCACUUUUCCAGGACCCUGAAAGGCCCCAUCCUCCAUGAGGGCGACCCUUCCCCUCCCUCCCUCUGCUGACCUAACAGAGCAGAAGCGGGGCAAGUUAGCUAUCUCCCAGGGUGUUCCAAACAGUGAGUGUGACGAUAAAUGCUAAAGCAUGCCACAGAGCCAAACAUCUUUCUAGAGCACCUUCACGACUAGCAUGUCAUCAAUAGCAUCAUGUCAUCGGCUUCGCAAUUAAAUUAUACAUGUCCUGAAGCUCGGCGCUAAAGAAUCAAGUCAUACUCUCCAGGUUACCAGGAAGAAAGCUGUGCGAGUGACUCAGGAGGUGUGUGUGUGCCAGCCAGCACCAGCUAACAAGCACCGAUGGUUAAAUGUUCCAGAACAUUGCAAGCCAGCUGUUAAACACUUAUGCACACUCCUCCAGCUAUCCAACCCCAUGCUUAUUUUUCAGACUGUUCCUAAUCCAGAGGGGAUGGAGAUGUGCUAGUCACUGCACAAACACUAUCAGCAGGAUGUAAUGCGGCCACUGAACCAGAGAGAGCAACAGGCUAUAAAGUCCUGGAAGACAUGGAGUACAGGAACGCAACCGAAAAUGGCCCAAGUACCUGACACCCACAUGGGAGACCCAGGUGGAGGAGGAACCCCAAGUUAUAGCCAGGCCAUUGAGUUAUCUACUUAGCAAGACACCCAGGAUACACAGCUACUGAUUGCUUCUCAAAGGCAAAUUUUCGUCACUCAAGAAAGCCUGCAAGUGUCCCUGAGGGAGCGGCUCUAAUCUCCUGAAGACAUUUGCUGCCGAGAACGAAACACAGCUGCUCAGGCGCCACAGGAAGCUGGUGCUCAGUAAAAACCAAAGCAAAACAAGCCCCUGCCCGCACGCUGGAACAUGGCAGAGUUCCCAGGUCUACCCCUUGAAUGAGGAGUUGAAACAUGGGAUUCGAUAUUAAAAAAUAAAUAAAUAAAUAAAGCUGCCAGAAACAGAAGUUUUCUCUCUCAAACCGACUUCUUCCAAAAAGAACAAUAACAAGACUCCCAGGUACAAAAAUAAUGCUUGUGGAUGGGACGAGGCCCACUUCUUCACUGCAACCUCCUCCUCUCGUUCCCCCGUAGAGCCCUCUAAGAGUGAUCAUGUGGAUGCGAACACGGCUCCAAAUCGGGGGGACCAGCAGUCCACUAGGAAACACUGCAACUGCACAGGCUCUGAGAGCAGUGCUGCUAACAAGCAGGGCUGCCCUUCGUCUCCUCACAGCUGUUAUCCCCUUCCCUGGGCAGGAACACUGGUCACAUUGGCCGGCACACAAGGGUGGCAGGUUGAAGGUAAGGAUGGAACCCAGCACCCACAGAGGGUCAGGUGGGAAAGUGUGAUGUCGUCUUACUCAUCACUUACAAUGCUGUGAAGGCAGCCCUAUGAUUGCCAUUUUAUACGCAUUGCCCAAGCCUGCACACCUGGCACAUGCCAGGCGGCUCAGGCUUGUGUCACUCCAGAACCAUCAAUAUCCUCGAUUCAGCAGGGUGCUGUAUGUGUUCCACAAAACAAACCAAAAAAAAAAAAAAAAUGCACACAACUGGCCUUUGUAUAGAGUUUCAUAAUUCUCAAGGCGCUUCAUGAGUGUGACUAAAUUUAAUUCCUGAAAUGGCAAUGAGACUUCAGAGUUCUCAGACCCUUUUUAAGGUGAGGCUGAAGAGUUUCCCUUUUCCCUUUACCAAGCCAAGACAAUGGCUUCACCUGUCUUAAGUGUAGUCCCAGCAUGGGUCAUAUGAUGCCACAGGAAAGGACCCUCGGCAGCAUAAAAGGGGACUUAGACGCCACAAACUCUGCCCUUUAGAGUCACCUUCAGUAAGUUGUCUAAGCCAGGUAGAGGAACGAGACCCUUCCUUUGCUCGACACAGGAGUCCUACUCCUGAGUCUCGCCUGGCAGUAAGAUAUGGCUUUUCCAUGGAAUACAGAGGUGCUGGUCCACUGGCCCUGUGCAUGCUGUAGUUACCAGAAAACAUACUCAACUGCUGUUUAGCUUAUUUGGAGCAACCAUUCUGCCUUUGAAUUACAAAGCUUUUCACUAAGGCUGCACACUGUCAACUCAAGGGAAUUUUUUUUUUUUAAUGAUUUGUUUCCUUGGCUGCAAAGAUAAUUCAUGCCUAUUGUAGAACACUUGUAAAAGACAGAAAAGCACAAAGACAAAAACAGAACUUGUGUACAAACCCAACAACCUGAGAGCCUUGAUUAUAAUGUUAGCCUUGCUGUACAUCUUUCUGAUCUUGUCAAAAUUGGUGUCAUGUAGAAACUGCUAUUAUGUAAACUGAUUUUAUAAGUAGUAGACUAUGAACAUUUAAUCUCAUUGUUUAAAAUACAACAUAAUUUGGGUGGUCAUAUGGUGUCUGUCAUACUUUAUAGUGCCUUGUUAUUAGACUUCCAAGUGGGUUCUGGGCCUUGCCUGUACAGGUGAUGUUGUAAUGAACACCACGGUACAUAUAUUUCUACAUAUUUCUCCUCCCCCAAACAAUGGACAUGUUGGGACAGGGGCUUUGGACAUCUUAAAGAUCUCCUCAUGCUCUUGUCAACUUUCCCUUUAGAGUCAGAAGCCUGACUCCCUCGACACUUCAGCAAGUACUUGUCCAACAGCUGUUUAACACUCUCCUUGCCUGAAAUACACCACCGCACAAAGCUGCUCUCUAUGAUCUUGGAUAGUUACACAAGGGUUCUUCAAAAAGCUCAUAGAAAAUGAAAUGGAAAGAUUACUUUGAUGCAAAAUUUUUUAAACCCAUGAAUAGAUUUUCAUAAUACAUCUUUUAAUUAAUUUUUGAAGACCCCACCCCCAUAGUAACUAAAAAGUUCUUCUGCAGGGAGCUGAAAUCUAAUAAUCUCUAACAACCACCGGAAUAUUUCUGCCUUUGUUUUCCUAAGCAACACAGAGAGAUUUGCAGAUGCUUCAAGGUAGCUGUCACAUCUCUCUCCCCCUGGUUUUGUGAUGGGAUGUUCAUGUGUUUUCGGAGGUGGUGAAAGUGUCAAAGCAUAUGGCAGAGUGGUGAGCAGAGCUCGGACUUGUUAUUGGGGAAGACUCCUUGGUGGUUAAGAACACAGGUUUUAAAAGCAGACAAAUCUGAGUUUGAAUCUUAGCUCAGUCAUUUCCUAGUGUGGACCAUUUAUUAGCUCUGUAACCUUGAGCACACUGUGUAGACAGAUGCUGAUGGCAGCAUCUGCUUGCUGGUGCUAAUUUAAGGAUUCAGUAGGCUAAAGCUUGUAGAUGCUUGCCUUGGUUACAGAGUAGGUCUUCAGAAAAUAGAUCUAUAAAGUGUGUUGAAGAAAGACAAGCUAAAUUUUGCAAUUGAAUGAUGAAAAUAUCUCUUAUGGCAAAGAUAUUCAUCUGAAGAUCAUGCCACCCCCGAAGAUCUGUUUUAGGGCUAUGUAACAGACUACUCUCAGGACAAUCUUAGUCCACUGAACUAAAACUAAGCCCAAGUCUUUGGGCUCUGUACCCACGUGGGAGACCUGGAUGGAGUUCCAGGCUCCUGGCUUCAGAUCAGCCCAGCCCUGGCUGUUGAGGCCAUUUGAGGAGUGAACCAGAGGAUGGAAGACCUCUCCCUCUCUAAUUCUGCCUUUAAAAUAAAUAAAUAAAUCUUUUUAAAAGGGGGGGAAUCAAUAAAUAAACACAAGAGGGGGCCUCAACUUAUCUGUAAAUAAAUGACAUGACAACCACGCUGCUUCCCUACCUUCUUCACAUGGUUAUUCUGAGGAGCUGAGGAAACCCUGCAUACAAAACAAAAGUUAAUUUACUGCUCUCACCAGGAUCUCCAUAUUGGACAAAAGAACUGAACAGACAUCAAAAUUCCCCAUGGCCUUGAGCAGGAAGCUGUGGCGGGGCAGUGCUCAUGGGGGCUUGCCUGGCCUCAGAGCCCGCGUGGUGACUUCAAAGCCCUCGCUGCAGGAGGGCGCGGCCCCCCUCACUUCUGGAGACACCGCCGGAUGGCACAGCCAGAGCCAGCUGCAGCCUCUGCCCAUGGAUCCCCUACAAGCAGUGCGUUUGGAGCCUCGGAAGAAGAGAUCCCGGCAGAUGGGUGCCUCGAGGACCUCCCUGCCUCAAGACGUCAAAUUUCGAGAUCUGGUCCUCUUCAUUUUGGAGAAGAAAAUGGGAACUACCCGCAGAGCGUUCCUCAUGGAGCUGGCCCGCAGGAAAGGGUUCAGGGUUGAAAAUGAGCUCAGUGAUUCUGUCACCCACAUUGUAGCAGAGAACAACUCGGGUUCCGAUGUUCUGGAAUGGCUUCAGGUACAGAAAGUUAAAGAUAGCUCCCAGCUCGAACUCCUCGACGUCUCCUGGCUGAUAGAAUGCAUGGGAGCAGGGAGACCCGUGGAGAUGACAGGGAAGCACCAGCUUGUUGUAAGACAAGACUACCCAGCUAGUCCCAACCCAGGCUCCCAGGAGGCUCCAGCACUUGCUGUGCACAGGAUCUCCGAGUACGCGUGUAAGAGGAGAACCACUCUGAACAACUGUAACCGCAUAUUCACGGAUGCCUUUGAGAUUUUGGCUGAAAAUUCUGAGUUCAGAGAAAAUGAGGAUUCUUACGUGACAUUUAUAAGAGCAGCUUCGGUCCUGAAAUCUCUACCGUUCCCAAUUGUCAGUAUGAAGGACACAGAAGGAAUUCCCUGCCUGGGGGACAAGGUGAAGGGCAUCAUAGAGGAAAUUAUUGAAGAAGGAGAAAGUUCUGAAGUUAAAGCUGUGUUAAAUGAUGAACGAUAUCAAUGCUUCAAACUCUUCACUGCUGUAUUCGGAGUGGGGUUGAAGACCUCUGAGAAGUGGUUCAGGAUGGGCUUCAGAACUCUGAGUAAAAUAAGGGAAGACAAAAGCCUGAAAUUUACACGGAUGCAGCAGGCAGGAUUCCGCUACUAUGAAGACCUCGUGAGCUGUGUGACCAGGGCAGAAGCAGAAGCGGUUGAUGUGCUGGUUAAAGAGGCCGUGCGGGCAUACCUUCCAGGUGCCUUCAUCACCAUGACCGGAGGCUUCCGGAGGGGUAAGAAGAUUGGUCAUGAUGUGGAUUUUUUAAUUACCAGCCCCGAAUCAACAGAAGAAGACGAGCAGCAACUCUUACAUAAAGUGGUAAAUUUAUGGGAAAAGAAGGGAUUACUUUUAUACCACGACUUCAUGGAGUCCACGUUUGAAAAGCUCAAGCAGCCCAGCAGGAAGGUGGAUGCCUUGGAUCAUUUUCAAAAGUGCUUUCUAAUCUUAAAAUUGCCCCACGAGAGAGUGGACAGCGACAGGCCCAGCCAGCAGGAAGGAAAGAACUGGAAGGCCAUCCGCGUGGACCUGGUCAUGUGUCCCUACGAGUGCCACGCCUUUGCCCUGCUGGGGUGGACUGGCUCCCGGCAGUUUGAAAGAGACCUCCGGCGCUACGCCACACAUGAGCGGAGGAUGAUUCUGGAUAACCAUGCUUUAUAUGACAAGACCAAGAGGAUGUUUCUCCAGGCAGAAAGUGAAGAAGAAAUAUUUGCGCACCUGGGACUGGAUUACAUUGAACCAUGGGAAAGAAAUGCCUAGAAAAAACUUGUCAACAUUUUUUUCUUCCCUGUUCUUUCCAGGUUAAGUAAGUUACGUGUCACAUUAGCCAAAGAUGCCUUCGGAAAGUUCUGGAUUCUUGAGGUCCUGCUUAAACGCAGAUUGCCACUAGAAAUAAAUAGCUUUGGGAACAGGAUAAGGCACCACCUGCUCACGGGUUAUGUGCCGACAGGCCCUUAGGACAACUGUCGCUUCUAAUGCAUGAGGCAUUUUGCUGUAGAAACAGUGCUGCUGUGGGUGCUCAGGGCCCACUGUGCUCCCAGUGUAGCUGGAGCACUCUCAACCUCCAAUAAAAACCAGAGGAAGCCAGCAGGUGGAGUCGUCUUUUCUUCACUCAAAUAGUAUAAAAGAUUUUUAACCACCGAUGUCAAAAGUGUCAGUUUCCACUUUAUUUUUGGGGGACAAACAGGGCUAGUUAGAAGACACAGUGAUUCCAAAGGGGAUGCCGGGUCCUAGCUUCGCAGGAGGGGGUGCUGACUCUGGAUGGGCUCAGCUCUGAUCCCCAAGGAGCUGAGCGCCAGAGUCCCAGCACAGCGCCACCUAAGGGCCGAAUUCCCACUGCUUUCACUCACAGGGAAGUGCUGUGUCUAAACCACCAAAGCGGCAUCUCUGUUUUUCCAUCUUGGCGCCUGUCUCUGGAGCUCCGUGGCUCAGCCUCUCUCAGGAAGACGAUCUCUCCUGGUCUCUUCGUGUUAGGGCACCCUAGGAAGGGAGGCAGCCAUGGGAGAGGCAGCCCAUGGGAUUCCCAGGCUCCAGACCCCUUCUGACGCCCUCCGUUCCAGCCUCCUUGGGGUCCUCAGCCUGCUGAAGACCAGCGAGACCCCUAGUCACCCUUCUCCCUUUCUCCAGUCCCCUCAGAGAAGACGACAUCGGGACAUCCAAGACCCCACAGAGAGGCACGGUGCCCCCAGCACACACACAGAAAGCGACUCCUUGCCUUCCUAGUGCAGUAGUAUCAGCAGAAUUUGAGUGACAUAGCACAGAUCUGCCCAGUGGCUGGGCUAUCCUCCACCUGGGACCAGCGGGCUAACCUGAGCUUAUCCUUGUGAUGACAGCACAGACCGAGAGCAAGCAAACUCCAGUGAGCAAGCACUUUUCAAGCCUCUUCCCGUGCCUGUUAACGUCAGGCAGCAAAAGCACGGCACGGCCUGAGUCUUGGGGGCUGGGAAAGUGUGUCACAGUGCCAAGGCGUGCCAAGUUCCAGGGCAAAGAGCAUGGAUGCAGGGAGUGGGGGAAGGGCUGGGCCUGUGAAUGUGAGGCACUUGAGAGAGACCAGUGUGGGCAUCCUGUUCACUCUUUCCUCUCCCCACAGCCCACUGCACUCAGUCCUAGCAAAUCCCGAGGUGCCAGGGAGCUAGGAGCAGGAACCUCGGCUCGGCAGGGCACUGACCUCUGAAAGCCAACAUGGUGGCAGGCAAAAAAGGAGAGGCAGGGGGAUGCCUGCAGAGGAAACUCCCCCAGGCAUCUGGGUUUUAAGAGGAGGAAUGACCUUGAGGUUUCCUUCUAUCAUCCAGUCCAGCCCAUCAGGAUGAGCCCCCCCCCAAUCAAUAUCGCAUCACGUCCGCAAUCCAGCAUAUGCAACGGGUGUUAGGUGUUUCUUUUUUAAGUUUACUAAUUUAUUUAUACUUAUUUGAAAGGCAGAGCAACAGCAACAAAUGCUUUCAACAGCUGGGGCUGCCAGGAACCCAAACUCCCUCCGGGUCUCCCCUGUGGGUGGCACGGAUCCAAGAACUUGAGCCAUCACCUCCUGUGUCCCUGGGUGUGCACUAGCAGCAAGCUGGAUUAAAGCGGAAGUGGGACUGGAUCCAAGGCAUUCCAGUAUGGAAUGCAGGUGUCCCAGGAAGCACCUUAAACCGCUGCACCACUGACACCUGCUCCUUGUUGAGUGUCCACAGUCACUUUCCAAGGAGUCCCGAGGUGCGUAGAACACUUGAUAUACAAAGGAGAAGAACCUGCAGGCAUGUUCCCUGUCCAAGGUUAAGCCACUAUGCAGCGAAGCCAGGUUUGACCUCAAGUCCCAGCUUGUGUGACUCCAAAG